UCUCACAAAGUGUUGAGGCAGAAGGAAGUGAAACCCUCACACGAGUUCAGCUCCUGUGGAAAGAGCAGCCAGGCACUUGGAGGAGAUUUGGAAGGAGCCUUAUUAAGAUGACCGUGCCUAGCAGCAGUCCCAGUUGCAGUGGAGACAUUCACAGUGUCUGGUGUAGCAGCGGCGGCGGCAGCAUCAGCAGCAACAGCAACCACCGCUAUGGGCACGAGCUCAGCCUGAGUCCUACUGGCCAUCUAGUCGCAGCCAUCUGCCUGGGCAUCAUCGGAAGCCUGGGCUUCUUGAACAACCUCCUGGUCCUGAUCCUCUUCUGCCGGAAUAAAGUGCUGAGGUCUCCGAUCAACCUGCUGCUGAUGAACAUUUCAUUGAGUGACCUGAUGGUGUGCAUUGUGGGCACCCCUUUCAGCUUUGCUGCCAGCAUACAGGGAAAGUGGCUCAUUGGGCCAGCAGGAUGCGUGUGGUAUGGCUUUGUCAACACUUUAUUUGGUACGGUCUCACUUAUAUCCUUGGCUGUGCUUUCAUAUGAACGAUACUGCACAAUGAUGGGAACAACAGAAGCAGAUGCCACAAACUAUAAGAAAGUAUGGAUGGGAAUCUUACUGUCUUGGAUCUAUUCUUUAUUUUGGUCCUUACCGCCCCUUUUUGGAUGGAGUAGCUAUGGACCUGAAGGACCAGGCACAACAUGUUCGGUUAACUGGAACUCAAAGGAUGCUAACAAUACAUCUUACAUAAUUUGCCUCUUCAUCUUUUGUCUCGUGAUUCCUUUUUUCAUUAUUGUGUACUGCUAUGGGAAGCUCCUGUGUACCAUCAAGCAGGUGAGUGGAGUACCCAAAGGGAUGGCCCAAACAAGAGAGCAACGUGUCCUGAUCAUGGUGAUUGUGAUGGUCAUUUGCUUUCUGCUUUGCUGGUUGCCUUAUGGGAUUGUGGCCCUGAUAGCAACAUUUGGGAAACCUGGUCUAGUCACCUCCUCGGCCAGCAUCAUUCCUUCUAUCCUUGCGAAGAGCAGCACCGUCUACAACCCCAUCAUCUACAUCUUUUUGAACAAGCAGUUUUACAGAUGCUUUUGUGCUCUUCUGAAAUGUGGAAAGUCAAACACUUCCAGCAACAGAUGCUCCUCCAAGUCGACUCGAGUGUGUCGCAGUAUCCGGAGACAGGACAACAACUUCACAUUUGUUGCAGCUUCAGCAGGAGCACCAUCCUUGGACCCUCAGGAUGUCAUGGUUAGCGCAAACCACAGUUCCAAGGCGAAACAAACAGUGUUACUUGUAGCACAUUACAGUGCUUGAAUAAAAAUCAACUCUUUGCCCUUUCAAACAUAGGAGGAAGUAACUCUGAAGAUGAAUGGAACUUUGGAGUUUGCAAGUUCAUAACUCUGUAAGGAGUGGACAAUGUAGUUGGGCUCAGCUAUUUGGGGCAGAGAGAAUGUAAAGAAUCUGCAGUCCAAUGAAAUGUUUGUGCAAUCUCAACAGCCCUUCAAAAUGUAAUACAAACAUCUUUUCAUGAAAAAAAAUGUUCACAAUGUUAAUAAUACUAGGUAUAAACCAUGGGUAGGCUACUCUUGUGAGUAGGACUUAGUGAUCUCUGGUUCUGGUGACGAUGUGCCUGCUUUUUCAGAGCAGUGAUGCUGCCUGCUUACCUAAGUAGAUUUAAAGGGGCAACAAAUCUAAGGCAUAGAGAUUUUCAGGGAUCAUUCUGAUGGUAGCAUGUUUUAACAAACAUGGAGUACAAUGACACUGAAUUAUAAUCUGCUUUGCAUUGGAGUUUGCACACCUGAAAUCACUGCCUUUUUCUCUGACUACAGUAUGUAGAGCUAAUAAUGUGGAAGCUUGUGCUUCUUCUGGAGUCAUUCAUUUUUUUUGGAAUGGCCAGCAGAGGGUUGUUUAUUUUCAACUGAUUCACUUGCAUCCUUUUUUCCUUGUUCUGGUGUGUCUGAUUGCUUAACUUGAUCUAAAUGUGCAAUUGGAGGUUUGUCGCACAGUGAAUUUUUUUUUACUCUUCAGUGGGCACCAAUAUGCCUUUACAG